AUGGCGCGAGAACGUGACAGUGGCGACUCUGCUCUUGCGGCCGUGCAGGUGGCUGUUCGUAUACGACCAGAUGCAGUGGAUGAUAUCACGCAGACGGUGUCUCGAUUCGCGCGACCCGCGGUAGAAGCAACCUCGUCCACAAGUGUGGUACUAGAGCCAUCGGUUCUGCCGGUGGGCAUGCGCGAUUCACGGUAUACUUUCAACUUUGAUCAAGUGCACGCAUUUGAUGUAAAUCAGACCGAGCUAUACCAUGAAAGUGUGGAGCCCCUUGUGCGCCGCUUUAUGGACGGAUUCAAUACGACAAUCUUUGCUUAUGGACAAACUUCCAGCGGGAAAUCAUACACCAUGGGAACGUCAGAGGCAACGAAUAGCAUUUGCACCGAUACCCCUUUUGUCGAUAUGGACUUGCAUGUGGGAAUUAUUCCACGCGCGGCGCACCAGAUUUUUCAAUCUCUUGAAGAGAUCAACGCUGAAGGCGAGGAGUGUACAGUGAGCGUAAGUUUUUUAGAACUGUACAAUGAGGACCUGAUCGACCUUUUAUCUGAUGCAUAUGGACAGCGAAAUAAUAUUCAAAUUCGUGAAACACGCACAGGCGAUAUUGUGUGGACGGGCCUUGCUCAGCGAUCUGUAUCCAACGCACAGGAUGUUGUAAAGCUAUUGCAGGAUGGGAUGGCUAUCCGACAAACACACGAGACGGAAAUGAAUGCACAGUCGUCUCGUUCGCAUGCCAUAUUCACAAUUUCUUUAAUCCGUAAGCAUCGUGCGAAACCUGGUGCUCAAGCGGAGCGUGCCUCGUCCUCAUUGGGGCGCGCAAGUCCAGAACGUGCAUUUGCCACACCACGCACGCCUAAGACAAGUUUGCCCACGCUAGGUGUCCGUGCAACCGUUUCGCGUGCAGGCUCACCGACUCGGCCACAGACGCCCACGCGCCCGGUUGUGCGUGGCACGCCAUUACGUCGAGCUCCCGUGGAAGACACCGUCGUUGUUACGACAACAAGUAAGCUGCAUUUUGUUGAUUUGGCCGGCUCAGAGCGCUUGAAGCGCACUGCUGCCACCGGCGACCGCGCUCGCGAAGGAAUUGCGAUCAAUUCUGGCCUGCAUGCAUUGGGUAAUGUGAUCAGCGUCUUAAGUGAUCCAGGAAGGUCAAAGCGCCCGAUUCAUGUGCCAUAUCGAGACAGUAAACUGACUCGGCUUUUACAAGACAGUCUCGGAGGUAACGCACACACUCUUAUGAUCGCAUGUAUUUCUUCUACUGAAGGUAAUGCGGGCGAAACUUUGAACACGCUUCAGUACGCACAACGCGCCCGUAACAUUCGCAACAAGGUUGAGCGAAAUCAAGUUGAGCCUGGCUGGGACAAUGUCGCGUAUCUGCAAUCGCAGGUGCUCUCCCUGCGACACGAGCUAGGACUUGUGCACAGUUCCAGGGAGCUUGUGGCGUCUUCACCGAAGCGAACCACACACCUUAUGCCCUCUGAGCACGAGCGUGAGCUUCUCGCCUGGCAGGAAAAGUGCUCGGCACUUAGCCAGAAAAAUGUUCAACUUAGUUUUCAGCUGGUGCAACGCGAGCAAGAGCAUCGACAUAAUUCGUCGUCAGUCGACUUCUUGCAGGCGGCAGAGCCUGUGAUUGUCGAGUACGAAAAAACCGUGGAUGCACUUGAGGGACAGUUGAGUAUGCUCAAGGCAGCUGUAGCUCAUUUGGAGCACUCGGUACAGGAACAGGUGUCAGAGAAUGUGGCGCUGUCGGAUCGGGCUACGAAGGCUGAAAGGCAGAUGGAUGUGUUGCGAAGUACGAUGCGGGAUUUACAUGAGCGCCUGGACGAGCGAAAUGCGCGUGUCGAGACCCUCGAGACCGAAUUACGGCGUGCAUCCAUGUCUACAUCAAGCACAACACCUUUAUCUUUCUCGCGCUCGUCACGAAGCAGUUCCAUGUCAUCAGAUCCUGGCGUGUUGCAGCAAAGGCCUUUUGGCGGUAUCCUGGAUUACAAAGGACGAAACCCGAGUAAUCGAACUUACCGUGUCACCAUGACACAGUCUCGAGCAACGAGCGAUGUUGAUACAUACCCGACGAGUCAACUUGGCCUGCCACGCAGUCCAUCGUCCUUGGAGCAGCAGCCGCUUUCGAAACGUCAUGCCUCAGAAACAACAAGUCCGGAUGAGCUUCCGACUGUACAUAUGCAUUGA